GAUCUUCUGUGGUUGGAGCUCAAGGAUUUCGUGAUGCGCUCCUCGAGAGCCAUACAGUUACUGCGGAAUGGCUCACGGCAGCCAUGCGCCAACGCAAGGAGGGUGCAGCAACCUAACAUUUACAAGGCUUACUGCUCCUCCUGCGACGCAAAGCCGGCAAAGAAUUCGAAGUCGAAAGUGAAGGCUGUCGCCGAUCCACCAAUACCCCCAGCCGAUCAUCGACAACUGGCUAUUGACCAGGAGCUAUUCACGACCUCGAUAUACAGCCCUGGGUCACCUCUCUUUUUGCCGAAUGGCACGCGGAUAUUUAACCGAUUGACUUCGUUCCUGAAAGCGCAGUAUGCACAGUUUGGGUUCCAGGAAGUUAUAUCGCCGACCAUAUAUAAGAAGUCCCUAUGGGAGAAAUCUGGGCAUUGGGAGAACUAUGCGGAGGACAUGUUCUCGGUGACCGGCCGUGGAGCCUCAGGGGAGGCUGAGGGCAAGCAGGUUGGCCAGGACGAGGAAUUCGGUCUCAAGCCGAUGAACUGUCCCGGGCAUUGUAUACUCUUCGCCUCGAAACAACGGAGCUUCCGCGACUUGCCGAUACGAUUCUCGGAUUUCAGUCCUCUCCAUAGAAACGAAAUAUCGGGCGCCUUGAGCGGAUUGACGAGAGUUCGCCGCUUCCACCAGGACGAUGGGCAUAUUUUCUGCAGGCCGUCACAGGUUGCCGAGGAGAUCUCAAAGACGCUGGAUUUUGUGCAGAUGGCUUACGAAACGUUCAAGCUUGGCCCGUAUAGGCUGGCAUUAUCUACACGACCUAAGGAUCAUUAUAUUGGGACCGCGGAGGAGUGGGAUGGCGCGGAGUCAGCUUUGCGAGAAGCGCUCGAUGCCAGUGGACAAGUCUGGAGUGUCAAUGAGGGAGAUGGCGCUUUCUAUGGCCCGAAGAUCGAUAUUAUUCUGAAAGAUUCGGACGGGAAGGAGCAUCAGACAGCCACAAUCCAAUUGGAUUUCCAGCUGCCGAAGAGAUUCGAAUUGCAGUAUACAGCGCCGGCUCCUGAACUUGAGCAGAAGGGUUUAACUACAACUGACCCGGAGCUGCUCGCUGUUUCUGGCCCAGUAAGGCCGGUCAUGAUUCAUCGCGCCGUCUUGGGGUCCGUUGAACGCUUCAUGGCUCUUCUUAUUGAGCAUUACAAUGGACGAUGGCCGUUCUGGUUGAACACUAAGCAGGUCAUGGUCAUCACGGUCAACGACGACCCGUCUGUGGUAGCAUUUGCCUCAGAUGCGAUCAAUGAAAUCCAGGGGAUGCCGAAAUCUGGAACCAAAGCUCAAGCACGCGGCAUGCAUAGUCCCGUGUUUGGAGUUGACCUCGACACCACGCCACGCUCCGUGAAGAAGAAGAUCUCAGAGGCAAUGAGGAAGCACUACGGCAUCAUUGCCGUGGUAGGGAAGAGCAAUGUCGAGGACGGACGCCACAUCACUGUUGACUUCCGAGGCGUUUCAGGAUCACAGAAAGUGAUUAAGCAAGAGCUCCUGGAAGCCAUUAAGGGCGAGAACUCUGCGGACUUGUUGAGUUCCUCCGAGGCCGAUGCCGAUCCACUUGAGUUUACGGAAGGUGACCUUAAGCAGGUCAAUGUGACGCCUGCACAGUUACGGAGCAUUCUUAUUAAACUGGAGCAAGCCUACCAAUAAGGCUUGUACUACAAAUAAGCCUCGGCAUGAUAAUACUGUACAAUACUAUAAAAAUAUUACCCUUGCAUAUAGACAGCUCUCGGCAGAUGAAAUCAACUGCCGUACUCUUUCCAUCGGACGUCCGAGGGGACCGUAGCGCGACUUGUGGAACGUUCGGUGAGAGAUAUAAAAUUUAUUUUUGUCUCAGACUAUUCUAGAAAUUGUCGCGUAUCGCAGGACCCAAAGUUUAGGUGCUUACUGUACUGUACUACGGUGCCGCCGCUCAGGGCCUAUGCAGGGGCAAAGGCUUGUCGAAAUGCUACCUCGGCAUCCCAACAUGAUUUCAAAUUUAUUAGAUACUCCCCUUAUCGAAAUAUUCUUCACGGUAUACGGCCGUACUUGUUUAUAUCCGAAGCCGCCAAGAAAAUAGACACUGUCCGUAUAUGAGAGAGUUGUUGAUAUUUUUUUGCAAUGUGUUUAGUCAUUCAUUGCGUCAUAUGGCGGGGUUGAUAUCAAUGAGCCUCGGCGCAUUAUUUUGCAUAGACAAUCGACGAUAGAAACGUCACCCACGGCCUAUCUACUCCCCGCGUCUAGAAUAGAAAUAGUAACUUACAUGGCCCUGCAUUCUAUGCAGUUCUAAUGGAUUACAAAGCCAAACCCCCGCAGCUCAACGUUUUAUCGAUUUCCACA